CAGGGAUUAUCGUGUUCAUACAGAAGCGAUGAUAUGGCUAGCAGAGGUGACAUCCUAGAGAUCCUAGUCCGCCUUUGAACUGCCGUCGAACACUCAGGAAUUCCGGACAUAACCAAAGUCCUCGUCAGCAAUCGUGCUGAACGAACACGCCUUCCUCCUUAUCAUCGGUGGUCAUGGAUUUCAUCGCAGAGGAUCCAUGGAUGAGGAUGAAAUAUCCGGAAAUGGACUAAAUCCCUGCCCGUCUUGUACCAUCCGCUGCUCGAUUACCUCGGACUGCAAUGCCAGAGGGCGAUCUGUCAAAGUAGCGCAAUCGAUGUCAGCAAACGGAAGACUCGUUCCGGCGUGCAGCCGCAGUCCGGGAUCGCAUUGGCGAAUGGAUGCGUGUCCUCUGGAUCAGUCCUCCACACCCACGCAGGCUCGCUUUAUCUUGCCCACCACAGCGCGGAGCGUUGCUCUCUCUGUGCACCGAAAAUAUCGCAAUCCCAACGUGCCGCUGGUGCAGCAUCACUCACUCUCGUAGGGUGGGGCGCGAUAGUGAGUGGCAGCACAUCCGACGCAUCCCCAUCGGUAGUAUCUAGACGAUAAAAGCACAGCCUCCUCAUUAUACUGACGGCGUGCAGUGUGUGAUUCACAGAUCUGCCAUGUGUUCUCUAACCCG